AUGCCGUUUAAUGUAAAACCAUCUGCAGUGCCAUUUCAGUUUUGGCUGUAUUUUACGAUCAUCUUACCACUUUGCCAUGCGAAUUUAUUUACCAACCACUGGGCAGUUAAAAUCACUGGAGGCCAGAAACAUGCUGAUCAAAUUGCUGAAAAGUAUGGAUUUCUAAAUGUGGGACAGAUUGGUGGUCUGAGGCACCACUACCACUUCUUCCAUCAAGGGACCAUAAAACGUUCUACCAUAGCAAGUAGAGGGAACCACAGUCUCAUCACGACAGAAAGCAAGGUAAAGUGGAUUCAGCAGCAGAUGGUUCAUAAGAGGAUGAAACGAAUCAGCAAAGCCACUGAAGCCGUUUUCAACUUUAACGACCCACAAUGGCACAGCUCGUGGUACAUUAACUGUGAUCAAAACUGCCUCACUGACAUGAACAUUAAGGCUGCAUGGAGAAGAGGCUACACAGGAAAAGGAGUGGUGGUCACGAUUUUGGAUGAUGGUGUGGAGAGGCAACACCCAGACCUGAAGCAGAACUAUGAUGCACAAGCCAGCCAUGAUGUUAAUGGAAAUGAUCCUGACCCGACUCCACGAUAUAACCCAACUAAUGAAAACAGACAUGGAACAAGGUGUGCUGGAGUAGUGGCCUCUGCUGCUAACAAUUCACUGUGCACAGUUGGUAUUGCCUACAAUGCAAGAAUAGGUGGUAUUCGGAUGUUGGAUGGCGAUAUGACAGAUGUGGUGGAGGCAAAAUCACUAAGCCUAAGGCAGCAUUAUAUUGAUAUUUACAGUUCAAGCUGGGGGCCAGAGGACGAUGGCAGAACUUUGGAAGGUCCUGGACCCCUGGCUAAACUUGCAUUAAGAAAUGGAAUACGCAAAGGAAGAAAGGGCCGUGGUUCAAUCUUUGUGUGGGCAUCAGGAAAUGGGGGACGAAGUCAGGACCACUGCUCCUGUGAUGGCUACACCAACAGCAUUUACACCAUUGCUGUAAGCAGCACCACAAUAAGUGGACACAAGCCCUGGUAUCUAGAGGAGUGCUCGUCCACUUUAGCCACGACUUAUAGCAGCGGCGAGAGCCUUGGCAUUGUGACGACAGACCUAAAACAGCGAUGUACCACUGAGCACUCCGGCACUUCAGCCUCAGCACCCAUGGCUGCUGGAAUCAUUGCCCUUACUUUGGAAGCAAAUCCUUUGCUGACCUGGAGGGAUGUGCAACACAUAAUUGUAAAGACCUCGUCCCAUGGCCACCUGACUGCGCCUGACUGGCACAAAAAUGGAGCAGGAAACUAUGUGAGCCACCUGUAUGGUUUUGGCUUGAUGGACGCUGAGGCAAUGGUGAAAGAAGCAGAGAUUUGGCGGCAGGUUCCCGCUCAACAUGUAUGUGAAGAAAGUACUGUGCAAAAUCCAAGAGUAAUUAGUCCAGAAAGAAAAGUGAGAUUGGUGUUUAUGUCCUCUGGAUGCUCUGCUGAGCCUGCCAGGCAUGUGGUGUAUCUAGAACAUGUGAUUCUUCGUAUCACAAUUACGCACCCACACCGCGGAGACCUAUCCAUAACUCUUACUUCCCCCUCUGGGACCAAAUCUCAGCUUCUUGCCACUCGGCCCAAUGAUUACUCCCCUGAGGGCUUUGUGAAAUGGGAGUUUAUGACCACACACUGCUGGGGUGAAAAAGCAGUUGGUGAAUGGAUGUUAGAAAUUAGAGACACCCCAUCCAAGAGGAGGAAUACACGAGUACAUGGAAAACUUGUAGAAUGGACUCUGGUGCUUUAUGGCACCUCUACACACCCAUAUAAACGUCAUGAGCAGCCACGCUCAGCUGUGAUAUCCAGCGAUGAAGACAACAUUGAGGAAUAUAACAGCUCUUGUGAUACAGAAUGCUCUGAAGAUGGCUGUGAUGGGCCCGGUCCACAUCAGUGUAUUUCCUGCCUGCACUAUUACUUGAAAUUCAGAAAUGGCACCAGGACAUGUGUGCGUCAGUGCCCACAAGGCUUUUGGGGUGACAGAAAGAGAUGUAAGAAGUGCUACUCAACCUGUGAAGCAUGUACCGGUAGCCGCAGUGACCAGUGUUCCUCCUGUAAGACUGCAUACCAUAUGGACGAGGAGACUAGCAGUUGUGUGACUAGCUGUGGAGAUGGAUACUACCUUAAUCAUGAUAACAAUGUGUGCUCAAAAUGCAAUGAGAACUGUGUAAAAUGUACAUCAUUUGACAUCUGCACUGAAUGCCCAAAAAACACAAGCCUGGUGGGUAACAAAUGUCAGAAGAAUUGUGAGCCUGGUACCUUCUAUAAUCAACAGAAUGAUGCAUGUGAAGCAUGUCAUGCUGCCUGUUACUCCUGCUCAGCUGCAGAUCCUGACUCAUGCAUCCUGUGUGCUGAUGGGUAUUUGAUGGAGGACUGGAGGUGUGUCUCCUCCUGCAGUGAGGGAUUUUACCCCACACAGUUUAUGCCUGAUGGAACUGGGCAGAUGCAGAGUUCCUGUAGAAGGUGUGAUGCUAGUUGUAAAGGCUGUGCUGGACCAGGCAAACAGAACUGCAGUGACUGUGUGGAUGGGCUCACACUGCAGGAUGGAGUGUGUGUGCUAAAGCAUGACUGUGGUGAUGGAGAGUACCAGGAUAGCCAUGGAAAAUGCAAUUCAUGUGAAAGCACCUGUCAAAAGUGCAAAGGGCCAAAACUUGAUGACUGCAUUAUGUGUCCAGCCUCCCGCUGGUUGGAUGAGGGCCGUUGCAUAUUACACUGCCCAGUGGGGAAAUACCUGUGUGACAGACAGUGCCAUGCAUGUGACCACACCUGUGCACAGUGUUUGGACGCUGGCCCUGCCAAAUGCACCAGCUGUAACAAAGAUAGGUUUGGCCAGGACCGGUACCUGUACAAGGGGCAAUGUGUAACUGCGUGUCCCAAUGCUCAUUUUCAUAGUUCACUGAAUACAUGUGAACCGUGUCCAGAGCACUGCAUCCUCUGCUCCUCUGUCACACAGUGCCUCAAGUGUAAUAGCUCCUACUACGUCAAUAAUGGAGCAUGCUCACCUCUUGAGUGUGGAGAAGGGGAGGUUGAGGACCCAGAGUAUGAUGACUGCAUGGCAUGUGAAGAAGGCUGCAAGAAGUGUGUCCUCUAUAAUCCCAAACACUGCCUCUCCUGCACUGAUGGCUAUUACAAGUAUGAAGAAGGCUGCUAUAAACACUGCCCUGCUAAAACAUAUGCUGUAGAGCACACAAUGAGCUGUGUGGCCUGCAAGCAUGACUGUGUAAGCUGUGAUGAAGAGGAAUGCCACUGGUGUGAGGCUGACCUCUUCUUAUCAAAUGGGAAGUGUGUACAAGAAUGUCCAGAUGGUUUCUACGGUGAUGAGGACACUCAGGAAUGUGAAAGUUGUCAUGCAGACUGCAGGUCGUGCACUGGACCUGGGGAUGAUGAGUGUGUUAGUUGCCAGGAGGGCUUAGUUCUAGUUGACAGUGAAUGUAUUACAGAGCAAGACACUUGUCCUGCUAAAACCUACCUCAAUGAUGACGGCAAGUGUGAAAUGUGCCAUCCCUCGUGUGAGAUGUGUUGGGGAAGGCUGAAAAAUCAGUGCACCUCUUGUGUCACAGGGCGGUAUCUAAGCACAGAGCAGCUGUGUGUGACAAGGUGCCCAGCAGGCAGCUUUGGCAGUACGGAGACUGGGCAGUGUGAAGCAUGCCCUCAGGGCUGUGCCCAGUGCCUGAAUGAGGAACGCUGCACUCGCUGCAUAUCUUCUCGGAAAAACACCUUCUACCUACAGGAUGGACAGUGCGUGCGCCAGUGCUCCAGAGGCUACUACCCUGCAGGACUAGUGUGUAGGAGCUGUACGCAGGGUUGCAUCCUGUGCUCAGAGGAGGGCAACUGUGCAAAAUGCAAUGGCAGCUUUCUUCAUGAGGCAAGGUGUGUGUCAAUGUGUCCUGAUGGGUUUUACAAGGAUAUACAGCAAGGUGUGUGUGGGCGUUGUCACUUAGACUGUGAGCUCUGUCAUGGGCCAGGACAUAAUAACUGUGACACCUGCACCAAUCCUGACAGCACCCUAACCAGUGGAGAAUGUGUACCACCUUGCCCCUCACACACCUAUAGAGAUACCAGGUCUGAGGAGUGCAUGGUCUGCCACGGUACCUGUCAGACCUGCUCAGGUCCACUAGACACAGAUUGCACCAGCUGCUCAGCAAGCCUGUGGACAGAUGUUCAUGGUCGUUGUUCUAUACCCACCAACUGCCCUUUGCAUCACUACAGUGACCUUGAUGGCAGGUGCCACCUAUGCCACAAGCACUGCCACCAUUGCUCUGGGCCAUACCAAAACCAAUGCCUCGGCUGCUCUUCAAACCUCUACAUGCUCAAUAGUACAUGUGUGGAUGAGUGCCCAACAGGUUUCUUCAAAGGGGAAACUCAAAAGUGUGAGCCAUGCCAUCCCAACUGCUUGAGCUGCACAGGACGCCAUAGCCACGAGUGCCUGAGCUGCAGAGCUUAUCUUUACAGAGAAGGCAAGGAGUGUGUAGAGACCUGUCAGCCUGGUCACUAUGCAGACGAAUAUACAAGAAUGUGCGAGCGGUGUGAGAAGUCCUGUACAGAGUGUACACAGUCCGAGGGGUGUGUCAGCUGCAGAGAGGAAAUGGUUUUGCUUAAGAAGCAGAACCAGUGUGUGUCUUCCUGUCCAAUUCAACACUUCCACGACACACUUUACAACACCUGUGAGCCAUGCCAUGCCACCUGCCGGACAUGCACAGGCAGCCACAUACAUGACUGCACCUCAUGUCAUCUUGGGUACACUCUCUCAGAUGGCACCUGUGAUUUGACCUGUGUCAUGGGGGAGUACUUUGCACCUGAGGAGCAGGUUUAUAAUUGUAAACCCUGUGAUAAAUCGUGUUUGGAGUGUAAGGGGGCUGGCCCAGACAACUGCACCAGCUGUUCUGCCCAGUUCAUCCUGACUUCUAGUGAGCGCUGUCUACCCUGCUGUACGAAUCAGGGUACAGCAGAGGAAGAUGCCACAGCAGAGAAACAAGACUGUUGUAACUGUACACAUACGAGAGGUGAGUGUGUUCUCAGUACAAACUUUGCCUUCCGCAACCAUGAAGAAGAGAAGCACCCAGGUAACUUGACCCUCUUCAUCAUCACCUCCAUUAUGCUAGUCAUUGGUCUCAGUGCUGUGGCUCUGUUCAUCGCUCGCUCUUUCUCCAAACGACCAACCCCUGAUACUGCUGUUGCUCGAGGUUAUGAGAAACUAAGCCACAAUGCAGGUAGAAACGAUUACAGUGGGGGUAUGAAUUUAUCAUCAUCAUCUUCAUCUUCAAAGUACAAGGACCUGGCCAGCUCCAGUUCUGGGUAUUUACAUGAGGAGCAGUUGGUUGACUUAGAUGUCAGGAGGACAGGUCAAAAUGAUGAUGAGGAUGAGGAGGAUGAAGAUAUUGUUUACAUGGGACAGGAUGGCACGGUGUACCGCAGGUUCCGAUAUGGACAGCUAGAAGAAGAUCAGCUGGAGUAUGAUGAUGAGAGCUACAAUUACCGAUAAGU